AUGACCUCGAUAGACACCACUGAUAUCGCUUCAAACCCCGGACUUGCUGAAUUGACAGAGACCAGACCUCCAGUCGAGGCCGCAGAUACACCAGACAGGACUGAAGAGACUCCUUCCGACGACGGAACACGUCCCAAAGACGAACCAAAACCAUCCAGUUCAAUAACCAACAGCGCUCCCGACUCUUCUUCCAAACCAACACCGGAACCCAAGAACGCAUCGCAGCCCAUCCUUACCACCCAAGAAGAACAACUCCUCUCCAAACUGUUCUCCAGCUCAACCGAGAAGGACCUGGGCAGUAUCAGCGGUCUCAUCGAUGGACUCAAAACAUCAGAACAACUCGCUGAUGAAAUGGAGGAGAAGCUGGAUUUGAUCAUUGGCAAAUUGGAUGCGCUUAUGGGUUCUUUGGAUUUGGCAACGGACCCAGCGAAUAAAUCCCCUGAUACGAAGGAAACGAGCAAGGAGGAUAAGGAGCGGUAG